AUGGUACAAUCAAAGAAGUUCAGAGGUGUCAGGCAACGCCACUGGGGCUCUUGGGUCUCUGAGAUUCGCCAUCCAUUACUAAAAAGAAGGGUUUGGCUAGGGACAUUCGACACAGCCGAGGAAGCAGCCCGAGCAUACGAUGAGGCGGCGAUUUUGAUGAACGGUCGCAAUGCUAAAACAAACUUCCCAGUACUGAACAACAACAAUCAACCAGGUGGCUAUGAUCAUCAGACUAAUCCUUUGCAAUCAGGAUUACAGUCUAAUAAUUCGGUUCUUAGCGCGAAAUUACGCAGAUGUUGCAAGUCACCUUCUCCAUCGCUCACUUGUUUAAGGCUCGACAAUGAGAACUCCCACAUUGGGGUGUGGCAACAGAGCGCAGGGCCUCGUAGAGACUCCAAUUGGGUUAUGAUUGUUGAGCUAGAAAAGCAGAAGAAGAACAAUAAUAAUAAUAAUAAUAAUGGAGUAGCUAAUUCAGAGCCUAAACACUGCGAGAUUAAUGGGGAGUCAUCGCAAGUGGUGGAGCAGGAUAUCUGUCGUAAUGGAUUGGAUGAGGAGGAGAGAAUUGCAUUGCAAAUGAUAGAAGAACUCCUAAACAGGAAUUGAUCAUUACAUAUAUAUAUACACAUAUACAUAUAUAGAGUAAUG